GAGUUCCCAAAGCAAAACAAAUAAUGAUUUGCCGGAAAAUUUAUCACCAAAACUCCGGCCUCCGGCAGACAGUUUGCCGGUGGUUUCAGUCUUGUGUUGCUCCGGUGACACCUGCUACUGCUACUGUAUGUAGUGGCAAGAGAAUGCACUUUUUAAGAAACUAUACGGCGUCGUUUUGCUCAUAUACUAAGAUAGAAGAAGGGAGUAAAGGGUAUCAUUUAAGCGACAUAGAGGAAAGAAUUAAUGAAAUGAAUAAGGAUUUAGACAAUUCGUCUAUUAAAUCACGUACUAUAUUCAAAGUAAAUGUGUCGCUACGUAAAUCAAAUCCAUUGACAUAUACACCAAAGAUGGUCUCUAUCGGUCCUUAUCAUAGAAAAAAUCCUCAACUUGGUUCAAUGGAAAAUUACAAAUUAUUGUACCUACGCCGGUUUCUUCAACGAAAAGAGGGGUUUGAUAUGACAAGUUGCAUCAGAGAAUUGGAGAAACUGAAGGAGGAAGCACUGAAGUGUUACGAUGAUAUAGAAGACCUUGGUAAUGAUAGUCAAUUUUGUCAAAUGUUGUUGCUUGAUGGUUGUUUUGUGGUUGAGUUUAUUCGAGAAUGUUGUAAAAUGUGUCCCGAAGGAGAAGAAGAAAUUAUCCGUUUUGCUAGUUACAUAUGUCAUCAAAUAUUCCGAGACUUGAUGUUACUAGAAAAUCAACUUCCCUUCUUUGUCCUCAACAAGCUUCAUGACAUGACGAAACAAGAUGAUGACUUACCAUUGUUGUUACUGGUGAAUGAUUCAAUUAUCUUUUUUGUUGACUUGCCAAACAUGAUCAGGGAAUCCUUUAAAAACACAAAAGAUAGUAUCAAACAUUUACUUCAUGCAGUUCACAUUGCUUCAUGUCAUGGCCAACAUCCCAAGAAAAAUUUAAAAUAUGACAUAAAGCGAAAUAAGGUCAUGCCAAAUGCAACAGAGCUUUCCCAAGCUGGAGUUAGCUUUGUUAAAGCUGGGUUACAUGACAAACUUGGGGAUAAAACAAGUUUAUUUGAUAGUAUAAAAUUUGAGAAUGGAUUAAUGACGAUUCCUUGUUUUCGAGUAUAUGAUGGCACAGAAACCAUCCUGCGAAAUCUCAUUGCUUAUGAGCAACAAUCAUCUGAUGUACAAUAUAAGUAUUUCACUGAUUUUGCAGCUUUCAUGGAUCAUCUUAUUGACUCAGAAAAAGAUGUGAGUUUGCUUCGCCAGAAAGGAAUCAUAGAGAAUUGGAUGGGAGAGGACAAAGAAGUGGCCAGCCUCUUCAACAAAAGCGGACAUGGGAUCACUACGUAUUCAGACUUCUAUUACAAAGAAGAAUGCUUAAAAGCAGCUAAACACUAUGAAAAACCAUGGAAUAGAAUGAAGGCAAGUUUGAGGCACAAUUAUUUUAAUAGUCCUUGGAAAGGAGCUUCAACAACAGCAGCCAUCAUACUCCUCAUACUCACAGCUAUACAGACUAUUCCAGUUAUCAAGAUUUUUAAAUGUAAAUAGUA